ACAGUUUAGAGCAAAAUUCGACCUCUUCUCUCCCAAAUUUCAAUUCAAAAUCCUAACCCCUUUGUGACAAUCAAUGGCGGUUAAGGAACUGGUGAUUUUCACAGAGAAAGAUGAGAUGAGGGAAUGGUUAAGAAGCAUGAGAUCCCAGGGGAAGACGACGGGGCUGGUGCCCAGCAUGGGUUAUCUUCACCAAGGCCACUUGUCGAUCGUUAAAGAAGCCCACAAGCACGCCGAGGUCGUUGUCGUCUCCAUAUAUGUGAACCCAGGUCAGUUCUCUCCCUCCGAGGACCUUUCCACAUACCCAUCUGAUUUUUACGGCGAUAUACUCAAGCUCAAGUCUGUUCCUGGUGGUGUCGAUGCUGUUUUUGCCCCCAAGAAUCUUUAUGACUAUAAGGAAAAUAAGAAGAGUGAGAUUGAUUUUGAUUAGGAAAAUAAGAAUACUUACAAUAAAGAGGUAGUGUCAUGUGUGGAGGAGAGGGGACUGGGCACGAAACAUGGGUUAGAGUUGAGAGACUGGGGAAAGGAUUGUGUGGGAAAAGUAGGCCUGUGUUCUUUAGAGGGGUUGUCACCAUUGUCACCAAGUUGUUUAAUAUUGUGGAGCCUGAUGUGCUGUAUUUGCGAAGGAGGAUAUCAGCAGUGACGGAUUAUUCAACGAAUGUUGAGACGUUUUACUGUUCCUAUUCAUUUGUUAUAGUAAAAGAACCAAAAAAUGAAUUUUAACCUUUUGG